AGUCUUCUUUUUUGUGGUGAUUUUUGGGGUCGUCAUAGAAUUGGGUGUCAACCACCGCUGCUCCUCAGGACUCGGGUGCAGCGGCAUCCCGUCGCCCAAUCAGCAUGGCGAUGUGAUGGCCUCGGAAACUGGUUGUCACCAUCAUUCAAGCCCCGAGCUGGUAACUCGGGCAAUACGGGGUACGCGGCUUCUCUCUCUACCAUCUCAACCCAUCUCGCCGCCACGCGGCACUCUCCAUCGUCCUGCCCUCGCGGCAGGCCCCGCCCGUCACCGGGCACGUCCUCCCUGUCUUCCAGACAGACCAAACGUCCUCUGCCUUCAUGGCUGAACACAGUGGCUGGCCCCCACGCCCCUGUCUUCGCGUCGGCGAGCUCCAGCUCGUCACGUUGUUCCGAUCUCCAUUUUCUUUUCUCCUCUCGUGCUGCUUCCUGCCAGGUCCCGAGGCACAGUGGCCCACCUUCAACUCUUCGUUCCCGCUACUGA